CUGACUCAGUCUCAAGCGAAAGCAGUAAACUUGCUGGGCAUUUGGAAAACCAUACUUGGAGCUGUUCCUAGGCCUGCACUAAAGACCUCAGUGGAGUGACAGCCUGAAGAUGGGAGAUCAGGAAGCAGGUGAACCCUUUCUGGGGAUAGUGGCUGGUGGUGCCACAGACUAUGAAGGAGUCCUGCCCUCAGACACAGUGUCGCUCAGCGAUUCUGAUUCCGAUGAUUUGGGGUUAGCAGAUGAAGCAGAGGUUGAUACAAUAUCUGCUGAGGAGACGUCUGUAGAUGAUGGGGAGUGCAGAUCAGGGGAGGGCCCUGCCUCUUCAGACAGCAGUCACAAGUCUCCUGCCCAGCUGUUCCAUCUGAGGGGCAUGAGUUCUACGUUCUCUCUCCGCAGCCAGAGCAUUUUUGAUUGUCUGGAAGAGGCAGCCAAGGCAGCUGUGCCCUCAAUGCCUGAGGAUAAUAUUGUUGAUGGGAGGUUUAAGCGUCCGUUGCCUCCAAGCACAGCGUCAGGAACCACAGUUCCAGAAAGCCUGGGAAAGCAGGCCAAAGCUGUGCAGGCUCCCAAAACCUCUCCUGCAGUGCCUGACUACGUGACACACCCAGAGCGCUGGACCAAAUACAGCCUAGAUGGAGUUUCAGAGUCUAGUGACAAGACCAACAGGGCAGUGGCCAUGGAAUUUCUAGAGGGUUUGAAGAAAAGAGGGGAGAAACAAAGCUCAGCUACCCAAGAGAGCUACACCCCUUACUUCAACCAGGACCCUUCCAGCUGUGGAGCUGGGAGGAUUGUUUUCACCAAACCAGCAAAAAGGGGUGUGGAUGGACUGGAAAAGAGAACAGCAGCUGGGGAGGAUGAUAAGAAACACUUGAAAACAGAUCUGAAAGGAAAAUCUUUGAAGAAGACUGAUGACUCAAGAGAAGAAGAUAAGGUAGAGCUGGGGCACUUAGACAGUGGAAGUGGAAAAGCAGUGGAGGAGGAGGAGUGUACAGUGAUGGGGGACCUGAGUGCAGAAGGAAAGCUUAGUGCAAGACUCAGUGGCACAGAUGAAGAAGCAUCAGUGGAAACAGUUGGAUUCCAUUGCAGUAAGAAGAAGAAUAGGAAAAAUUUCCGACCUAAAGUGGACAAUGAAGAGGAGGAGGAAGAGGCCUGAAGG